GUGACGUAUACAGUGCAGUAGUACAGGGAAGUUGUAAAAAAUGUGCAGUGAACAAGGAUCAUGGUCGUCCGGCUUCGCAUCGAGAUUAUGAGAUUGACGCUCCACAAGAUGUGGGAAGGAUAUUGACCGGCGAUUGGUGCAGCAACCAAAAGAGUUCACCAAGGGACUGUCUGAUCCCUCGCAGGAGACAUGGACGGAGAAUUUCAUGAGGCUUCAGUCAUGGGGCACGACAUCCUGGGCCUGUCUCCGGAUCUGGACAGUUUCCUAAGUCUCCUAGGGCUGGACACCUGCAAUGAGAGUAUCUACUCCUCCGGUUUAGGCCUUGAAGAUAUUCACCAUGAAGGGAGCGUGAUAGACUUCAGUUUGGUGGACAGCAGUCAAACUGGGUUCGAGGAGGACUUGGAGAUAGCACCCAUCACUCUAGAUGGAUUAAUCCCCUUUUUGGCCUCUCACCAAUGUCCUACACCUCCACAUAGCUCUGGAAGCGGAAGGGUGAAGACAAGGACGGGCGACUAUGUCACCUUUGACAGUCAAGUCGCAUCCUCUGUUGAAGAAUCGGGCCUCGUAACAAAUUUCCUGAAUGAUGCUGUGUCCACAAGCCUCAGUGACACUCAGCUGACGUUCUUCAACAAUGUAACACCAUCCCUUAGAGGCCAGCAGGGAAAAUCUGCUACUAGUUCAUACAGUGAAGCCUCGGACUGCACAACUAGUUCACUGAAUGAUGUCAUCUCCUCCACAAGCCUGAGUACUUCUCCAUUAGGAUGUCUGAGCGAAGAUAGGAUCCUGUCUAAAGGCCUUCAAGGAGAAGCAAAUACCAGUUUCAACAGUGAAGGUGCGAUCUUACUCGAUGCUUCGGGCAAUGUAUCAAGCUCGCUCAAUGAUACCUUUGUUUCCACAAACCAGAAUACGAAUCAGUUAACAUCUUUGAAGAGAGUUAGGUCACCGUCUAGAAGCCCUCAAGGACCAACCAUCGCCAGUUUAGACAGUGAAGCCUCGGGUAAUGUAACUAGUUUGCUAAAUGAUGCUGUUUUCUCAACGAACUCAAGUACUUGUCCAGUAACAUCUUUGAAUAAAGUAAGGACACCCUCUAUACAUGUAGGCCAUCAAGGAAAAGCAAAUGCCAGUUUCAACAGUGAAGGUGCGAUCUUUAUUGAAGCCUCGGGCAACGUCAGAAAUUUCCUGAAUAAUGUUGUCAUCUCAACGAGCAUGGGUAAUACUCCAUUAGCAUCUUUCAAAAGAGAUAGUACGCCCUCUAAAACAUUUCAAGAAAAGGGGGUUGUCUUAGAGAAAUCGAAAACCAGUGCCCCUAGGGGAAGCCCCAGUCAUAUGCAUGUGUCAAAGACAAGAAGCAAAAGGAAGCACAGUUCUGCGAAGGCAGUAAGCUCUACGACUAGUGGACCGAUUGGGCUUAAGGCUCCACAACAAAAAGAGCAAAAGCAAUUUAAAUGUUCUACAUGUGGUGCAGUGUACAAAUCUCAUGCUUUGUGUGUGAAUCAUGUGUUAGAUCGACACAAAGUAGGAAUGAGGGUUAAACACCGAGUCUCUGGCUCUCGCUCUAGAAACACCCCGGGUAUACACCUGAAACAGCCGGUCAAAGUUUCAUGUGUGGUACCACACGGAAAAAGCUCCAGUUGUGCAAGUAGUGAAGAUUCUUCAAUAUUGACAAGGCAGAUGAAAAUGGCUGAAAGUGAUAUUGACCUCAAGAAUAAUGUUGCCCCAAAUGGAAAGUCUGGAAAGAACCGAGAGACCAGUACCGACCGCAAGUCUGGCCCAACACAAUUAGAAAGAACUCCAACCACAACAAAGAUCAAAGAGCCCACGAUCCUGCAAAGGUACUCCAAAAGUGAAACCACGAUCCUGGAAGGAGUCACAAGAAAGUGGAUCCAUUGA